CGUCAGCAAUAUGGCGUCUCCAGAUGUCCACGUCCGAGUGUGUGAGCAAGAAAUACUCAAAUAUGAUUUGGAAAUCAAGGCUCUCAUCCAGGACAUCACAGAGUGCGACGGCCCUCAGAGCGAGCUGGAGGAAAUAAACGCAGAUGUGAAAAAACACUUUCAAAACCUCAGGUUAAGGAUUGAGGACUUUGAGCGCAUUGCAAUGGAGCAAGACAGAGAGUCGGACAAACAGGCCCUGCUUGGCCGAGUCGACGGACACAGAAAGCAGAUGCUGAGCAACCAGACGGCCUGGAGGAAAGCCAACCUGGCCAGCAAACUGUCCAUCGACAAAAUGGAGAAGCAGGCGCUGCUCAACGGGGCUGAUGGCGCCGUGAGACAGAGGAAGACGACCAAAGAGGGCCUCGCCCAAAACGCCAGCGACAUCACAGAGAAUCUGAUGAGCAUCAGCCGGAUGAUGGCGCAGCAGGUCCAGCAGAGUGAAGAAACCAUAACCACACUAGCAACGUCGUCGAGAACAAUCCAAGAGACAAACGAGGAGUUUAAAGCCAUGACUGGAACCAUUCAGCUGGGAAGGAAACUCAUCACCAAGUACAACCGCAGGGAGAUCACCGAUAAACUGCUCAUCUUCUUGGCGUUGGCUCUGUUCUUUGCAACCGUCCUGUACAUCCUCAAAAAGAGGCUCUUCCCUUUCUUAUAGGCCAGAAGGUCGCCAUCAGCUCCACACACAGGACCUUCCAAAGUCCAGAUUCCAUGCUGCUAAAUAUAAGGAUAAUCCUGCAUGUCAGCAGCUCCUCUAAAUGUUUAAUUUAUUGAGCUCUAUAUCUGUAACUGACUUAGAUUUAGAUCAGCAGCUCAUCUACGGAGGACCAGAAGAGUCAUUAGAAAAGAAAUGCAACCAUUUUGAAUUUUUUAUUAAAAUCAUAGAUCUCGAAAUCCAAUUUGAAAAGAGUUUUAUAAUUGUACAUUUUAAAUGAAUUAACUUAGAAGAAAUUAAUUGUAUUUAUUAAUAAAUUAUUUAAUACCACAAUCUGAAAAUAUAUUUUAAAUUAGAUUUAAUUUGAAUCUGAUUAUAUUUACCUUUCCUUAACUGACAUUUCCUUUUUGCUUUUUACAUUUUCCUAUUCACUUUCCAUUUUCAAAUCCUUUUUCUGUUUUAUUUUUUAUUUUUAUUUACUUGACCCUUUUUUUUUUACUUUAUUUAUGUGACCAAACUACAGUUUAUCAACAUUUUGGUUACAGCUUACAACCAAUUUAAUAACAGUUUAGUAACCGCUUGCUUACAGCUAUGUAACUGUUUAUUAACAAGUAAAGUUAAAUAAAGAAAUUGCAAAGUGAGACAGAAAAUUUAAAAAAGG